UUGAGUCUACUGUUCUUCUCUCUCUACCAUGUUCUCUCUCUAUUCUCUCUCUUCAUAUACAUACAACUUCUAUAUACAUUGAAACACUACCAUAUUUCGCCGGAAAACAGCUUGUUUUCGCCGGAAAACCGGUGGUUCGUCGGCGGGGAAUUGUUCAAGGACGAUAGUGUCGCUGUUUCAUUGGCAUAUUCUAAGGGUUUUACACGAGUUUUGCGAAUCGGUGUGCGGAAUCGGCGUGAUCUCUGAGUUCGACUCGGUUCGUGGAGUUUUUACGAGAAUGUGGCGAGUGUGAAGCCAUUGUUUUGGAUUUUUUUGCCCUAGAUCACGAUCUAGGGCUUUGUUAAGGUUCAUAUUGUGGUAAAUAUUGUAAACUUUCAGCGGUGAAAUUGCUGUUAUUUUUUUUUCCUUUUUGGGAAUUGGAGUGAAGAAGAAGAAGGAGAAGACGGCGAGAAGUAGAGAAGAAAAGCUUCGGGAUGAGAUGGUGGAAGGAAAGGCUUGUAUGUCAAGAGAGGCUAAAUUGGAAUUCUUGAAGCGCAAAAGGCUUCAGCGGAUGAAAACUGAAACUGUUAAUGAUUUCACUUGUGUCAGUAACAUGAUGAGUAGGAGCGGAGGAGAUGCUUUAAGAGGCUCUGCACCAUGUGGUGUGAGAAUCCAUGGCAAUAUGGAUAACUUUUCACAACCUGGAGCUACUUCAAACGUGAAAGAUGUAUUUACCAAGCGCAAAGUGGCAAAGUUCGAUACUACUGACCUUGACUGGAUAGAUAAAAUUCCAGAGUGUCCUGUUUAUUGUCCGAAUAAGGAGGAGUUUGAGGAUCCUUUAGUUUAUCUGCAGAGAAUAGCUCCUGAAGCUUCCAAAUAUGGAAUAUGCAAGAUUGUUUGCCCUGUAAGUGCUGAUGUUCCGGCUGGUGUAGUUUUGAUGAAAGAAAAAGCUGGAUUCAAGUUUACAACAAGAGUUCAACCUCUUCGUCUUGCUGAGUGGGACACAGAUGACAAAGUCACUUUCUUUAUGAGUGGAAGAAACUAUACAUUUCGUGAUUUCGAGAAAAUGGCGAACAAGGUAUUUGCACGUAGAUAUUGUAGUGCUGGAUGUCUUCCUGCUACAUACUUGGAAAAAGAAUUUUGGCAUGAAAUAGCAUGUGGAAAGACUGAAAGUGUUGAAUAUGCAUGCGAUGUUGAUGGUAGUGCCUUUUCAUCUUCUUCCAGUGAUCAGCUCGGAAAAAGCAAAUGGAAUUUGAAGAAACUUUCUCGGUUGCCGAAAUCCGUUUUACGCCUUCUACAAACGGCAAUCCCGGGUGUUACAGAACCUAUGCUCUACAUUGGGAUGCUAUUUAGUAUGUUUGCAUGGCACGUGGAAGAUCAUUACUUGUAUAGUAUCAAUUACCAUCAUUGUGGGGCAGCGAAAACCUGGUAUGGCAUUCCAGGUCAUGCGGCUCUGGAUUUCGAAAAGGUGGUUCGAGAACAUGUUUACACUCGUGAUAUUUUGUCUGCUGAUGGAGAGGAUGGGGCUUUUGAUGUGCUUUUGGGGAAGACAACACUCUUUCCUCCAAGCAUACUCUUGCAGCAUAAUGUCCCUGUCUACAAGGCUGUGCAGAAGCCUGGGGAGUAUAUAGUAACCUUUCCUAGAGCAUACCAUGCAGGAUUUAGCCAUGGCUUCAAUUGUGGUGAAGCUGUGAACUUUGCAAUUGGCGAUUGGUUUCCAUUGGGGUCAAUUGCCAGCCGUCGUUACGCACUUCUAAAUAGGAUGCCACUUCUUCCCCAUGAGGAGCUUCUAUGUAAAGAAGCACUGAUCCUUUGCAUGCGUUCGGAAGUUGAAGAUCCAGAAUAUUCAUCUGCAGACUCGAUAGCACAACGAAACAUAAAGGUUUCUUUUGUGAAUUUGAUGCGGUUCCAGCAUCAAGCUCGUUGGUGCUUGAUGAAAUCACGAGCAUGCUGGGGUGUUUCUUCAUUUUCUCAUGGAACUAUCCUUUGUAGCAUCUGUAAACGUGAUUGUUAUGUAGCAUAUCUUAACUGCAAUUGCACCUCACAUCCUGUGUGCCUGCGCCAUGAUCCUAAGUUGCUUGACUUCCCUUGUGGUGGCAUUCAAACGCUCUUUUUGAGGGAAGAUAUAUUUGACAUGGAAGCUGCAGCGAAGAAGUUUGAGCAGGAGGACAGUAUAUUGGAUGAGCAACUCUCUAGGCAUAGCGAUGACCUUAUUCUGCUAUAUAACAUCUUCCCCUGGGCACAAUCAAGUGGGUAUAUCCCUUACUGUGAUAUAGACUUAGAAUCAAACUUGGCAUUUCCAAACAUUGAGAAUCCGUCAGAAGAGCCAAUGAGCAGUUCUCCCUGCUAUCCUUCCAUGUGCGAUGUAGAAAAUUUGAAGACAGAGAAGUUAGAUACAUCAACCAUCAGUUCUUUUGUAGAGCUAGCUGAUAGUAUAACCAAAAUUGAUCAUGUACAUGAGUCUCAUUUACGAAAUCCAGCGUCUAUUAAGUCUUCUACAGAAGCACUUGUUGGCUUUGGAGAUUCUGAAUCUUUGAUGAGUGAUGAGCAUGCCGGUGGGCAUCUCAGGGAAAAUCAAAGGAAAGAUGUAAGACCUACAGAGGAUAAUGAAAGUGAUGAAUCUGAUUCAGAAAUCUUCAGGGUCAAAAGGCGUUCUUCAGUAAAGAUUGAGCAGAGAUAUGGACAGGAUCCCCUAUCUGUCAGUUUUGAUCAUCAGGGGUUCAAGCGGCUAAAGAAAUGUCAGUCAGAGGCUAGUAACGGGCAAUUGAUUGCAUCAGAGCCUUCAGUGGCUGAUAUUCCAAGUUAUACUUCACGUCCAAAAUCAAAUAAUUUCAAAGAAGUUGCAGAUAAUGGUUUGAGAGACAGGUUUGCCAAUAGAAACACUGGUAAUCUAUCCAUCAAGAUUAAGAAAGUGGGGAAUGAUGAGAUGAUGAGCAAGAACAGGGAGCAUCAAAGAUCUGAUAGGUGCCAGCAUGACCUGGGGAGAACAGCGAGGGAGCCACAGCCACCUUUGGAGAUGGGGCCAAAACGUCUUAAAGUUAAAGGUCCUUCUUUCAUAGGAUUGGACAACAGGUUGGAUUAAAUGACUGACUUAUUGAUGAAGAUCUGGUAGGGCGACUGGCUCUAGAGCCUGACUUUGCUAACAAUAGUUUUCUGAUGGGGAUCUAACAACACGGAAAAGCUAGAGAUUCAAUUCUGGGAGCAGCGACAGAAGAUUAACCAAGUUUAGAUUUAAAAGUAACAUUCUUUGUGCAGGCCUCAAAGUGGGGCGACUUGCACGGUGGUGUUUCUUGGUUCUCGGGCCGGGGUGUUUUUCCGUCUUUGGCAGGAGAACCUUUCUCCUUCCUGCAGGUUGAAAAUAGAUUUUCCAGUUAGUGACUUUUGGUGUACAUUUAUUUUAGCACUUUCAAUUGAUUCGAUUCUUGUGAGGAUUAGUGGGUAUUCCGCUUGGCCUCUCUCAUUUGAUGACACCUUGCUGCUUCCUUUGCUAGGAUCUAGGUUUUACUCAAAAUUCUUUUUUGUAGCUAUGGGUCUUUGAUCCCUAGACUACUUGAAUAAAAGAUAUAGAAAUUCUUCUUGA